AUGCCACUUUCAAUGUCAUUCUCUAGAUGACUUUGGUUUAAACCGCAGAGACAUUCUUUUCAAAGAUUUCACACGUCUUCAAUAAUCUGUUGUUUCAAGAUGGGAGACAACACAAAUACCUCUGUGACAGAUCCAUCCGUCAUAACCAUUGAUAACAUUUCUACCAGAAUGCCCCCUCAUGAUAUCAAUGGCGUCGAGAAAUCCACAGAUCAUUUAUAUGCUUUAGUUGACAUGGGAAGCAAUGGAAUUCGCUUUUCCAUCUCCGAUCUCUCACCUCCUACCUCCCGUCUCCUUCCCUGCAUCUAUCGCGAUCGGGCUGCCAUUUCUCUUUACGACGCGCUACACUCUUCGCUUCCCGGGUCUCGAGAAUUCUACUUCGAUGCCGACACGAUUUCGCGCGUGGCGGGAUGUCUUGCGGGAUUCAAAAAGAUAUGCGAUUCGUAUGGUGUUUUGCGGAAGAAUAUUGGGGUGUUUGCGACGGAGGCGAUGCGCACGGCGAAGAAUAGGGAGGAAAUGACGAGGGCGAUUAGUAGGGAGAGUGGAUUGGAAGUGGAUAUUUUGAGCCCGCAGGUGGAGAGUUUGCUAGGGGCGUUGGGGGCAAGGAGUGGGUUUGGGGGUGUGGAGGGCGUGAUGAUGGAUUUGGGGGGUGGGAGUGUGCAGAUGACGUUUAUGGAUAGUGGGGGUGCUGUGAGGGGGGUGGGAGGGGUUGCGGAAAUAGAGAUGGAGGGGGAGAAAGAGGGGGAAAGAUAUUGGACGAAAAGUGCGGCGUGUGCGAAAAGUAUGCCUUUUGGAGCAGCGAAAAUGACGGCGAAAAUGAAGGGGGGUGAUAUUCAUGAUAUUCGCACUGAUAUGCGUUCUCGAUUUCACGAGACGUUUCAGGGAUUAUGUCACAGGUUUCCCAAACUUCAAAAGCAUGUGAAGGAUGAGGGUGUGACGAUAUAUUUCUGCGGUGGAGGAUUCAGAGGUUACGGAAGUAUGUUGAUGCAUACCGAUCCCAUCAAUCCAUAUCCCAUCCCCUCUAUCGCCGGCUAUACAGUAUCCGGAAAACGCUUCAAACAAACGAAAGAAAUGCUCAAAGUAAAUGCCGAGGAGAAAGAAAAGAUCCAUGGCAUGAGUAAGAGACGUCGGGAACAAUUUCCCGCCAUCGUCGAGGUGGUCGAGGGAAUCAUAGCAACCGUUCCCAAUAUCAGAGAAGUGAUAUUCUGCGGCGGAGGAAAUCGCGAAGGAGUUCUAUAUCUCAAACUUUCACCUCAAAUACAAGAAACCCAUCCUCUUCUUCUUUUCCCGUCUCAACUAUCCAGCACCCCUGUCCAAUCCGGCGCGAUUGCACAAAUCCUCUCUUCCGCUCUCCCGGUUGCUCAGCCGGGCACGGAAAUCUUCACCCCUGAAAUUUUAGAAUAUGUGGGAAAACAUAUGGGUGACAAUAUGGCGGAUAUAUCGAAUCUCAACGCGGCGCGCGCAUUGCACGCGCCUAUUUCCGGGGCGAUUGCAGGAAUGCCCGGGUUGACGCAUGGGGUUAUUGCGGUGUUGGCAUUGACGAUGUGUGCGCGGUGGGAGAAUGAUGUGGGGAAGGUGGAUCGAGGACUUUUGGAGGGGCUGAGAAAGGUGUUGGGGGAGGAAAAGGCGUGGUGGUGUGAGUAUUUGGGGGCGGUGGCGAGGGUGGUUUGUGGGGUUGUGAUGGUUCCUCGGAUGAGCGGGGAGGGGGUGCGAGGGUUGAGGUUUGAGGGAACGUGGGAGGAGGGGUUGGGGAAGAAGGGGAAGAAGGAGGGGGUUUGUUUGAGGGUCUUUUGGGAGGGGGAGAGAGAUGUAGAUUUGGAGAAGUUGGUGGGGAAGGUGGGGAAGGGCUUGGGGAUGAAGAGGAGAGUUGAUAUUUCUUGGGGAUAG